AUGCUCCAGGUCAUCGCUGCAGACUUCGCCAAGCUUGAGGCGGAGACAAGCUCGGAGGAGGAGUCCAGCCAGGCCGAGUACGACAAGUUCAUCUUUGAGUCCAAGGUGAACAAAAAGCAGAUGGAGGUUGACAUCAAGCACAAGAAGGAGUAUGCCGCCGAGCAGCUGGCCGACUCCGAGGAGAAGACGACCGAACUUGGAUCCGUCCAGGAGGAGCUUAAGGCCCUGCUGCAAGUCUACGAGGCAAUGAACGAGGAGUGCACCACAAAUCGCCAGGAAGCGCAGAAGACGCGGGAGGAGACGAUCGUGUCCCUCCAGGAAACCCUCAAGCUGUUGGACAACAUCACCUUGGUCAACAGCAACAGCACCGAUAGCAGCAAGUGA